AUGUCCUUCAACAAGUUCUUUGCACUUCUAACGGUCCUCUCCAUCUCCUAUGCCGCACCUAACCCACAGCUUACACUUUGUCCUAAUCUACAUCUCGCUUCGAAUGCGGCAUGCUGCAAGUUUUUCGACCUCCGGGACGACCUGCAAAAUAACCUUUUUAGUAAUACCUGUGGAGAACGGGUUCGUGAGGCGCUUCGACUGACCUUCCACGACGCUAUCGCUUUCUCGCCGACGAAAGGCGGUGGAGGAGCGGAUGGCUCGAUUAUCACGUUUGCGAACACGGAACUCCAGUUUGCCGCAAAUGGGGGCAAUGGCGGUGUUGAGGAAUUCGUCGCAACACUGACACCAUUCGGCCCGAAGCACAAUGUUACUCCUGGGGACCUAAUCCAGUUCGCGGGCAUGCUCGGCAUUACGAACUGCCCGGGCACACCGCGCGUUCAGUUCUUCGCGGGAAGACCAGACCCAGUUGCUGCUGCUCCUGACGGCCUCGUCAACCUGCCAACAGAUGAUGUUGAUACGAUUCUUGCGCGCUUCAACGAUGCUGGCUUUAGUGCGGAUGAGCUCGUCGCCCUUCUUUCGUCACACUCGAUCGCCGGCGCUGAUACAUUUGUCGGAGACGGUGGAGGAGACCCAUUCGACAGCACUGCGCAUGUAUAUGACAGUCAGUUUUUCGUUGACACCAGGUUGCACAAUCCAGUGCCAGGCGAGGGUCGCCUGCCAACCGACAACCUGCUUGCACGCGACGACCGUACGGCAUGCACUUGGCAAAGCUUCAUCAAUAACGAGGAUAAAAUGCGCUCUGCGUUCGCUGCCGCAUUUUUGAAGAUGUCUCUCCUCGGCCAGGACCAGUCUAAGCUUGUUGACUGUUCGGAGGUCAUUCCUCAUUCACCUGGACAUGCACAGAAUGCAUUCUUCCCUGGAAAUGCUACAAUUAACGACGUCGACGCGGCUUGCACUCAGUCACCGUUCCCGAGCUUGCCGCAGGACCCAGCUAUCACCUCGCUCGCUACUAUCAAUGAAUUCUAA